GGAUGAACAUUGCUCGUUGCGAGGUUGCCGUUGCUACCUACCUCACCGCCGCUACUCUGGUGGUGGACCUUGUCAUCAUGCUGCGUCGCAGUAAUAAAGCAAAAUGGCUGUUGAUUCCGGGGAUUCUGUGCUUUCAUGCAGGUCUACUUGUAUUGGCAGCGGUCUCUAUGGUUACCUCGGAAAUGAAUAACUAUACUAUCAGGGGCAUGGAACUGCAGAUGGAGAAGGGGUGGACUUUCGUGAUAGCUUGUGUUGCCGGAGUUCUCACGAUUGCAACUGGAUUGCUGAGCCUUUUCGCGAAGAAGGGAACGUUUCCCGAAAG